GCGCGCGCGUAGCUACGUUGUCGUCGUCACUCGUCAUCGCAUCGUUGCUGAUAUCAUCGCCGCCGUGAUUUCUGGAGCAUCGUCGAAAGAGAUAAAUUUCAUUAUUAUUGUUAUUAUUAUUACGUUGGUUGUUUUACGCACAUAAUAUGUGCGUAGGAAACUAGGAAAUAAAUAAAAUCUUUAAUAUUAAUUUAAUGUAAAUAUGUAAAUAGUAAAUUCUAACAAAUUGCAGUCUGCAGACGAGCGAGUGACGAUGGCGCGGCGGCGUGCAUACAAUAAUCCUGUAAUUAUUUCUGUCGUCGUCAAGUGAUCUCUCGUUAUCUUCUCUUCUUUCGUCGUAGUCCGACAUUCCGCGUUACGGCCGUUGUCGUAACGUAUAUGGCAUGUGACGCAGUAAAUGUACCGCCCAAUUCUAGUCCCCAACGACGUAAAACAAUGCGCAACCAUGUUGGACCAAAGCCAGGUCGAUAUUAAUCAAGAUUGAAUAAAUAUUUAUGAAUGUUGAAACAAAUUUAAUCAUGGCAAUUAAAUAUAACCUUGUUAAAGUUGUAUUUUAUGUCAAAAAAUCAAAUCAAUUUUUUUUAAUUCAGUCCAUUUGAAUACUACACAAAUAUCAACAUAAAUAAUCCAUCUACAUAGUUAUGUGAUUUUUACUAUUUUUAAAGUAUAAAAAUGCCCAGAAGACCAUUGACAGAUGAACAACGAGAACAAUCUAGAAAACGUCGCUUAGAACGUGACCGUGAACGACAACGAAAAAGACGUUUAGAUCCAGUGUUGAGAGCUAUUGAGCGAGGAAAAAACACGAUUGCUAAAAGAUUAUCUAGAUCCAAAGGCCUUUAUGGUGAUAACAUUGAUAAAUUAUAUUCAGAAGCUAAUAUUGAUUGUAGUAAAAUGGCAUCAUUGUUAGAUAAUGUGGAUAUUGUAAAUUUAGAAGAUCUGAAUCGAAUAAAAAAAGAAAGAGAUAAAGAAAGACAACGUCAAAGAAGAAUGAAUCCUGAAUUCCGUGCUAAAGAACGUGCAAGAAAUAGAAUAUUAAAAAGGAUUUCUCGACAAAAAAAUUAUUAUACCUUAGAGGUAGUAAAUUGUGAAUGCUGUGGAGAACCAAUAGAAAGUGACCAUGUAUGUUUCUCCAACAUAUUAUCAGUCGAACUCCAUGAAAUUGAUGUUGCCAAUAGUACCAUAAAAAAAGUCAUAAAUGGUACUAUAAAUAAUAGCUAACAUUAUUUUUAUUUUUAUCAACAUUUUAAGUUUUAUUUUCUACAUACAUUUUUAAAAUUUCUUCAAACAUUUUAAAUUGAAACUUGAGAAACUUGCUGAAAUUACUGUUUUGUUUUGUUUUGUUUUGUUUUAAUCACUAUUUAAUAUGUAUUAUAAAAAUUGAGUGUAUUGAGUUUGAAUGAAACUAUGUGAUAUUACACCAAAAACUUUUUUUCAGAUAAUUUAUUAUAUCUGAAUAUAUGUUGUUAUAAUUAUAUUAACUUAUAACAGUUUAAAUGUUUUUGUUAACAGUACACCACUGUAUUUGUUAACUAUUAAACAAUUGUAACUAGACAUUUGGACGUUAAUAACUUAAAAUUACAUUUACUAUUAUUUAAAUUAAAUAUUCUUUAACAACUUAACAUGUUGACUGCAUUCUGACAUCUAUUGAUGUCCUUAGGAUCAUUCAGCUCCAUUUGGCAUUAAAUAUACAUUUAUUAAGUGCUGUUGAAAUAUAUUUGAUUAUUAGUUAGAGCAGAUAAAUAGAUAUUUUAAAAUAUGUAUUCAUAUGCUGUUCACUAGUAAUACCAUAUAUUAUAAGAGCAGUUUCUAUUUAUUGAAUUUAUUAUGUGUACACAUUGGAGUAGGGCGUAAUUUGGUUAUGUUUGUGUGGGAGGGGAAGGAGAGGAACAUAAUUAAAAUUGUACAUUUUGCCUAUUACUCCCAAAAAAAAAAAAAUUCAUAUAUAUCAUGAAAAUCUCUCAAUACAACCAUUGUGAUAUAUUUAAUAUCAGUACAUAUAAAUGUAUGUACACAAGGAAACAAAAAAAUAGUUACAUAAUAUUUAAAUAAUAACUUAUAAUUGAUGUAGUUGUACAUUAUGUGUAUUGUCGCUCUACAAUAAAAUAGUACUCAACCAUUCAGUGGUUUAUUUUUGUACCAAAAUACAACAUAAUACAAUAUAUUUAUGCAAUAAAAACCUAACCUAACCUUAUUACGAAGUAAUAUAAUCUUAGUUAUGUACAACUAGCAUAGAGGAUUCAAAGUUUUUUUUUUAAUUACAUUUAUCAAAUAUACUAUAGUAGCAUUAAAUAAGUACCUACAUAGAUGUUGUGUGCCAGUCUUUAAAAAGUGGUCAUGGAGGGGGAUAUGCAUCUAAAUCCCCUCCCCUUAUAAUUAUACUACUGCACUGGAGUGAGAAUUAUAAAAAGACCUACGCAGUCAAUGUGUUGGUCAAAAGUAAAAAAAUACCAAUGGGUAUUCUUUUUAAUAAAAACAUGACCAGGAUUUAUAGCUUAUUUUAUAAAUGUUACAACUAAUAUUUUUAAUGUUAAAUUAAAUAAUUUAUAAAAAGAACUAUAAAGUUUUUAAAAUUUGAUCAUAACUUAAAUUUUAAUGUCCAAAUUCUAGAAAACAUGGUUAUUUCAAAAUGUUUACAAAUAUUAAUCUGAAAACAUCAUAUUGUUUAUUAUGUAUAAUUUUGUUUUUUUUUAUUUUACAUUUGAAACAUCAAUUAUUACAUUAAUAAUAUUCUCUCACCUUUUGUACAUUUUAUUUUUGCUCAAUUAUUUUUCCACUUUUUGCGGAUUAAUUAAGAUUUAUUUCUGACCUUUUUGAUCUCAAUUUUAUUUUUAUUAUUUUAUUAUUGUAAGAAUAAUUUAUUUAUUUAUUUUUGUUAUGGUAUGUUUACCUAUAAUUCAAUAUAAUACAGAAUACCCUGUACAUAAUACUUUUGUUUGAGGUACAAAUUUAUUUUGUCAUUAACAAUGCUAAACCAAAAGUUUGCAGUUUAAUAAGAAAACAAUCACUUCAGCUUGUACCGCAUUACCACAAUAUGCUUUAUGCUAGUUGCAAAAAAAUUGUUUAAUCUACUAAAGUAUUAUAAUCUAAACAUUACCAAAGAAUUGACAAUUGUAAUCACAAUGUGUAAAAAUAAUAAUAUGUGUUAUUAUGAUCCAUAAACUGAUUCAUUGAUUUAUUAAAAUGAUUUAGUAUUUUUGUUCUAAUCAUUGAACAAAACAUUUAAA